GUUUACAUUUCAUGAGCGUUUGUUUAAAAAAUUGUGUUUGUUCAAAAAUCACGUUAAACUAGUAAGGAAACAAAGUUAUCCUAUAGUUUAAGCUAAAAUGUCUUCCUUUUUAUGUUUCAUAUGUCAUAGCACAGUCAAUUCUGAUACAAAUGAAGAAAUUAGAGAAAAAUAUAGGGAAGUCAUCGGAAUGAAUCUAUGUUCGGAUUCUCAUUUAUGUCACAUUUGCUGCCACAUCCUAAAUAAACUGGCCUGGUUCAGAUCAAUAUGUCUGAAACGAAGCUUGGAGUAUCCUGUGCUGUUUCGUGAAAAAGGUACAUUAAAUCUACAAAGAACUGACAUAGAUCUACAAAUAUUAUGCACAGAUAAUGAAUGUCAAGAUAUAGAUAAUAAAAAAUAUAUAAACCGUGAUAUCUAUGUUAAUGUUAGUCAGGGCAAUGAAGAAGAAUAUAUAAAACUAGAAGAACAAGGAGAUAUAUCUGUAGAUAAAAGUGAGGAUAAUGUUUGUGAUGACUUUAAUAAUUCAAAUGAUUGCACAGAAGUAGAAGAUGCAGAAAACAACUCACAAGAUAACCAAACGGAAGAUACAAGUAAAAAGAAAUCUAAAAAAUCAAAGAAGAAAGGUUUUGAAAAGAUUGAACUAAGUGUAGAACAGCAGAAAGCGGAAUUAGAAGGGAAUAGAAGAGAAAAGAAGUAUCUAGAAGCUGAAUUUAAAUGUUUUAAUUGCGCUUUGGGAUUUCUCUUCAAAGAUACAUAUCAAGCACAUAUGAUGAGACAUGAAGAGUCUAACGGUGAAUAUCGUUGUACAUUAUGUACUUUGCGGUUCGCAAGCCCCGCGGUGCUGCGCUCGCAUAGAGCACUGCACAGAGAACGGUACCGUUGCUUACGUUGCAAUGUGUUACUGCGGCCGCGGGCCCGCGCGAAACAUGCGCUCUGCACCACUCUUACUGAUUAUGUCGCUUGUCAUCUCUGUGCUAAUCUCUUCAAAGAUGCAAGUGGGUUACAACAGCAUUUAAGGCGAGUACACAGUUCUCGCACCGGGCGGGUGUUCCCCUGCUCCGUGUGUGGGGAGAUCUGUCGCAAUCAGGCUGCCGUUAGGACACAUAUGUUGAAGCAUUUAAAGAAGAAAUUCCCAUGUGAUAUAUGUUCAGCGGUAUACAGCAGCCCCUACACACUGAACCAGCAUAAAAAGAGACAUCAAAUGACAGGGGAGAGACAUUACUGUACAACUUGUGGACUCAGUUACAGCACGAGGAAAAGUUUAUUGGCACAUAGAAGAAAUAGUCUGAAUCACCAACAAACUGUUUUCGAAUGCGGUAAAUGUCCUCGUGUUCUACCUCACAAGAGGGCGCUGGAGUCGCACGAGCGGAGAGCGCACUCCCACACUACUCCCACUAAAACUACCUCCGCGAGACUACCAGUUGAAAGACGCGUUUGUUAUCUCUGCGGGAAGAGUUUUAAGGGCAACAGCAAACUAAAUAGGCAUCUAAAAGAAGUCUGCGAGAAAAGAAUGGAAGAGAAAUCUGUUUGUCUUUAUGAAUAAAGGAAUUUAUAUAACAAUCUACACAAAAGAUCAAAAAAAUAUUUAAAUGUAAAUAAAAGUACAGAUAUCAACAAAAAAUUAUGCCUUUUUAUUGAGUUCAAAGAUUUUAUUAAA